AUGAACCCAAAACGGACCCAUCCGUCGAACUCAUCCAUUCCAGCCUCCACAUCCUCCAGAGAGGGUAUUCCAUGCCCGGGUGGAGGCUCCGAGUCCUCCUCCAGGUCCACCACCACCACCACCACCGGCUGGGGAGGGGACGGUGGGUCCAGGCUGGUCCACCACCACCGGCUGAAGGAGAGACUUGACGCUGUGGGUCUGAGUCUGGACCCAUCAAAGGUCCGCUUCCAGAUCGUUAUGGAGCACAUCGGUUUUAACGGCUCUGAUGAACCCAAAACGGACCCAUCUGUCAAAUUCAUCCGCUCUAGCCUCUACAUCCUCCAGAGGGGGUAUUCCAUGCCCGGGUGGAGGCUCAGAGUCCUCCUCCAGGUCCACCACCACCGGCUGAAGGAGAGACUUGACGCUGUGGGGCUGAGUCUGGACCCAUCAAAGGUCCGCUUCCAGAUCGUUACUCAGACCCACAGCGUCAAGACUCUCCUUCAGCCGGUGAGGACCUGGAGGACAGAAAUCCUCACCAGCCUGAACCCACCGUCCCCUCCCCAGCCGGUGGUGGUGGACCUGGAGGAGGACUCUGAGCUUCCAUCCGGGCAUGGAAUGCCCCCUGUGGAGGCUGGAGCGGAUGAAUUUGAUGGAUGGGUCCGUUUUGGGUUCAUCAAAGCUGUUAAAACCGCUCUGCUCCAUCUGCUCAACACAACCAUCAAAAUGUUCCAGGAAGAAACCUGUUACGGCUGUUCAGUCAAUCACCCAAGUCUGAGACAGCAUCAGUGUAAGGACGUCCUGGAGGAUGACUUUUCUGAUCGCAAUUACCACCACACUUCUAACCGCCCGCAGCGACCAAUUCUUCAGAGGGCCGUACCAUCCUCCUUCACCGUUACUCUCCUCAACUCUUUCUUCUUCUUCCGAAAGGUGGACCGGGAGGAGGACACACAGAUCCUCACCAGGCUAAACUCCCCUGGCCCUACCCCGCCGGAGGAUGAGGAGUACUCUGAGCUUCCACCCGGGCAUGGAAUGCCCCCUCUGGAGGAGGAGGCUGGAGCGGAUGAAUUCGAGGGAUGGGUCCGUUUUGGGUUCAUCAGAGCUGUUAAAACCGAUGUGCUCCAUCUGCUCAACACAGCAAUCAGAAUGUUCCAGGAAGAAACUUGUUUCGGCUGUUCGGUGAAUCACCCAAGUCUGAGACAGCAUCAGUGUAAGGAAGUCCUGGAGGAUGACUUUUCUGAUCGCAAUUACCACGACAAAUAUAUAGAGGUCAUUAAGGGGCUCCAGACAGGAAAUGAGGUGGAGCCCCCCCGCCCCUUCCAGCAGAAAGGCUAG